AUGUCUCUUGUAACAGCUGCUCACAUGGCUUGCCUUUUCGGCAUUCUUGGAAAUAUCGUGUCCUUCUUGGUGUACUUGGCACCGGUGCCUACAUUUUACAGGAUUUGUAAGAGAAAAUCGACAGAAGAUUUUCAGUCAAUUCCUUAUUCAGUUGCCUUAUUCAGUGCAAUGUUAUAUUUGUACUAUGCCUUUCUGAAGAAAAAUGUGGUCAUGCUUAUAACCAUCAACAGUGUCGGAUGCGUUUUCGAAGUUGUUUUUCUGACCAUCUUCAUGGUAUAUGCAACAAAGAAAUCAAAGAUUUUUACCACAAAGCUUCUCAUCCUAUUCAAUAUAGGAGCACUAGGAUUGAUCAUCGGAUGCACAUAUUUUCUAUCCGAGGGGAAUAAGAGAGUGAAAAUUGUUGGAUCGAUCUGUUCAGCCUUUUCUCUCAGUGUUUUUGCUGCUCCUCUUAGCAUUAUGAGGCAAGUGAUAAAGACAAAGAGUGUUGAAUUCAUGCCACUUCCUCUCUCAUUAUUUCUCACAAUAUGUGCUAUCGUAUGGUUCUUCUAUGGUCUUUUCAUCAAGGAUUUAUACAUAGCUGCUCCAAACGUUGUUGGAUUUUUAUUCGGAAUAGCGCAGACGGUUUUAUAUGCCAUGUACAAGAACAGAAGUCAAAAAAUAAUUCUACCAGAAACUAAGCUGCAUGAUUUAUCAACUAUCAAGAACGUGAAGUCACAUGAUCAGAUGCAGAAUUCAUCAACGAUGGAGAUUUCAGAAGUGAUUGAUCAAAAUGAUGGACAAGCCCGCACAGGAACGGACUUGGAUCAAAAUGAAGAGAGCAUCACAGAAUAUGUUGAAGCAAAUGGCUCCAUUGUGUGA